CUGUGGCCUGAACCUCUUUAUCACAAUAUUGCUAGUUUUGCAUUACUGUAUAUUUUGAUUGAGGAAUAGACCCCAUAUUUUUUUCACUCGCUUGACACACUAAGACACCCUAUUACUAUUAUGUCCACCCACACUUUCUCCUGGCCAGCUGGUCCUAAGGAAGUUAUCGUCACCGGUACUUUUGACAACUGGUCCAAGCAAUAUCACUUGGUCAAGCAAGCCGAUGGCUCCUUCGAAUUAGAGGUCCCAUUGCAAAAGGUUGACGAAGACAGAAUUGCCUACAAGUACGUCGUUGACGAUGAAUGGACCGUUUCCCCAACCUCUGCCAUUGAGAAGGAUGAUGCUGGCAUUGAAAACAACGUCUUGUACCACUCUGAGUUGGCUGCUGCCGCUGCCACUGUCACUAGAAUCCCAGAGGCUGCUGGUUUGAACGCUGUUGUCCCGGAAACCGCCGCUGACGCCGCUGACGGUACCAAGAAGGUCAAGAAGAACAAGAAGAAGAGUAAGAAGAAGAAGAAGAAGAGCACUUCCGGUACGGAGGAAUCUGUCUCCCCUACGGCCUCCCCAGAACCGGAAUCAGCCUCCGAACCAACCUUCGCCACCACUGUCUUGCCAUCCGCUGAGAACCAGCAGGUCACCACUGGUGAACCAGGUGUUGUGAUUCCACAAAACGCUGCUCAAAUCAAGGAAUUCUCCGAAGUUUCUAACGUUAACGCUAAAGACUUGAACGCUCAGAUCGAAGCCGAAGAGGCUGCCGCUGCCGCUCCAGGGAUUUCCACCACCGUUUUGCCAUCCUCCGAACACGAACAGGUCACCCUUGGUGAACCAGGGGUUGUCAUCCCAGAAAACGCCGCUCAUAUCAAGGAAUUCUCUGAGAUCUCUGAGGUCAACGCCAAGGACUUGAACGCCCAGAUCGAAGCUGAGCAGGCUGCUGAGGCCGCUACCGUGCCAGAACACACCACUGACAUUGACGCACUCGAUGCCGAACCAGAAGCCGUCGCUACCACUGGCUACAAGACCCUUGACCCAACCGAGGAUGUUGCUGCUCCAGCCGAAACCCCAGUGGUUGCGACUGAAGCUCCUGUCGAUGCUGCUGCCGAAUCUCCAGUCACCGAAUCCAAGGCUAGCCCUGUCGCUGCUGCCAAGUCUGAAUUGGCCCAAUCCAAGGCCAAGGUCGCCGAAACUGUCAAGUCCACCAAGACUGAUGGUAAGAAGAAGAGAUCUUUCUUCGGCAAGUUGAAGAAGUUGUUCUCUUAAGCAUUCACGGCCUUACACAACCACUCGUAUUUUUUCCCCUAUUCUUUUUUUUUUCCCCCGUUACGUUAGCCUGCUUGAUGUGCUUCUUUGGCCCACUACCCGUAUACAUGUCUCCGUUUUAACCUAUGUUUUGUUCCCUAUGGCCUUUGGCAAUCCUGUUGGGCUGGUACAAAAAGGUUUCAGUGGUUUUUCGUAUGCUUUCCACUAAACAAGGUGUUGCUGUAUCAUCCCUGCUCUCUUGAUGCGUAUCUUUUAUUUCUGUUUUAUUACAACUGUUCUUAUUUAAUAAUAUUUUUGAAACUUUUAAUAUUGAACUGGGCCAUUUAGAUUGUAGCUAAACG